UAUCAACGUGUCACCGUCGGGAGGCGUUCCCUCCCUUCCAGCUCCCACCACACAACCGCCCGCCGCUCCGAGCUCCGGCUCGUCCCCCUCCCCUAACCCCUGCGCCCCAGGUCGCCGGCGAUGAGCAGCCUCCGAGCCACCUCCGCCCUCCUCCACACCUACUACUCUUCCGCCGCCGCCGGCCGAGGCGGCGCCAGGCGGCUCGGGUUCGCGCCGCGGCUCCGCGUGGGCUUCCGCGUCCCGUCCAAGGCGUCGUCCGCCUUCGUGCUCGACGAGGUCGCGAGGGCGGCCGGGGGCGUGCGGAGGAGGGCGGCCACGCGCGCGGCCAGCUGGGAUUCCGAGAAGUCCCCGUACGAGACGCUCGAGCUGGAAAGGGAUGCUGACGAGGAGACCAUAAAGGUCGCGUACAGGAGAUUGGCCAAGUUCUAUCACCCUGAUGUUUAUGAUGGUAAGGGAACCCUUGAGGAAGGAGAGACCGCUGAAGCCCGUUUCAUCAAAAUCCAAGCAGCAUAUGAGCUGUUGAUCGAUGACGAAAGGAGAAAGACAUACGAUAAAGAGCAUUUUGUGAAUCCAAUGAAGGCUUCUCAGGCAUGGAUGGAGUGGGUGAUGAAAAAACGAAAAGCUUUCGAUAAACGUGGAGACAUGGCGGUAGCUGCUUGGGCCGAGCAACAACAACGAGAAUUGACGCUUCGGGCGCGGCGUCUCUCUAGGUCGAAGGUUGACCCAGAGGAGGAAAGGAGAUUACUCGCCAAGGAAAGGAAGGCUUCUAUGGAGUUCUACAGCACAACUCUAAAAAGACAUACCCUCGUAUUACGGAAGAGGGACAUCAUGCGCAAGAGAGAAGAGGAAGACAAGAUGAGUGAGAUCAGUAGACUUCUAGCUGCCGAGGGGCUUGAGUUAGAUACAGACGAAGAUGAUGAUGACACAACUUUCUUGAAGUAAUUCUAUCCAGUAUUUACCCGCCAAUUAUAUCCACCCCCGUCCCAGAAGCCCUGGAAGGUUUCCUUGAAGUUGCUUCCAUCGCACUGAAGUAUAUAAGGCAAGAAAAUUCGGCCUUGUUGAGCAUGAUGAGUUGUAUAUUGAUAACUGUUGGAUCGGAAAAUCCUAUCUGCGCAGAUGUAGGAUUGUCCCAUGGAGCAGAAAGAGGAGGAAUGUGAAGUGAUUCUUCAGUGCUGAUUGCCGCAGGCCAGCAGUGUAAUCGGCGAAGGCUGGAUACAAGACUUGCAAGAGCUACGACUAUCAGGUGUGUAUACUUGUUACAUGCAAGAUGUAAUUAUGUUAAGGUGGUAUCCAGGCGCUGUUACCAGCUGCUUGUAACCGUGGCCCUGUGCUAUACUACUGUAGAAGGCAGAUGAAGCAGCCAGGUUUGUGUUUCAGCCUAGAUUCUUCCCGUGGCCGGGCACUGUUUCAUUACCUGUUAUAGUACUACAAUGCAUGAUUCGCUUGUCGUCCUUGUUAAAAUCUGAAGGCUUCUGAAUGAUGAUGAAUACUACCAAGUGAUUGCUAGUAACGUGAAUAUACACAUUGUCGCA